UGAAUCAAGUUGUGAAACCAGAUCCCUUUCAAGAUAUAUUCUUAUCUUAAUCAUGUGCCUAACUUAAUUUCUCUGUCAGCCCGGCCAUGACAUGAGCAGUUUGCCUUUGCAAGCUGCCAGAUUUGGUGUGACUAGAGAGCAUGGACAAUUAAAUUACCGUUAGACUAACUUUAAAAAUACUCUCAGUGUUGAGAAAAAGAGCCCAUGUCUCCUUUUGGCCACAGAAGCGGUCAAAUGUAACUGUCUUGUCAAGUGUAUUUUCCAAAUCCCAGUAUUCUGCUUUCAGUGCGAAAUAUGAAUUGGCAAGUAAGAUCAACAUUCAGACCUAGAGCAAGACGAGAUGGUGAAAUACCUUUGCAGCCAGUUGGGCCUGUGGUUGCCCAGCUGCUUCGUGCUGAGCAACCUCAAGGGGAAGAGCCACCGACUGAGCGUCCGGAUAUUAUACCUGAUGGAGAGAAAAAAGAAGGAGCAUCUGUGGUUCAAGGGCCUGCCCCGGAGCCUAAUCCAAAGGAACUGGCGGGUGAAAAGACUGGGCGUGAGCGGGGAGAUGGUCCUGAUGUCCAACGGAGGGGACUUGCAAAUCUAGAGCCCCUUAAGAUGCCAGAGGCAGGUGAACGGAAACCACAGGUUUAAACGAAGACAAGCUGAAGCCACGUGGGCAGUUCUUGUGUUGCAAAAGUGGCUAACAUUCUCUCAGGAAAGUUUUGUUCUUGUGUUGAAAAGUGGCUAAAAUUCUCUCAAUAAACUUUUGUUCUUGUGUUGAGAAGUGGC